AAAAAUAUCUAUCAAAAAAUGUAAAAUUUUUUGUCAAAAAAAUGCGAAAUUUUCAUGUUCUGAAACAAAAUACCUUUGCAACAAUUCACUUUAUUACGAUCUGAUGACCGAACAAUGCCCCAAGACUUGUGAUCGAUGCUUUCCUUUUUGUGAUGUCUACGGAUCUUGUCCUACAAAUUAUCACUGCAACAUGGCUAACAAUAUCUGUUAUCCAAACAAUUCAAAUAUCAGUGCUUAUCACUAUCCAUCACUCUCCAUUACAUUUUUCUCGAUCAUAUAUGCAUUCGUCAAAUUAAAUUUGUGA